AUGACGUCCCUGUGGAGGAUCGUCCUCAACAAACCGCGGCCGCGCCUCUCUCAUCCUGCGUCCUGCCGGCGGCUCCACGUGGGCCAGCGAGCCUCCCUCACCAAAGCGUUCUCCGCCCGCGACGUGCAGCUGUUCGCCGAGCUGACGGGCGACAACAACCCCGUCCACCUGGACCCGGCCUACGCCAGCACCACCUCCUUCGAGGCGCCCAUCGUCCACGGCGUCCUCAUCAACGGCCUGAUCUCGGCCGUGCUCGGCACCAGGAUGCCCGGCCGCGGCUGCGUCUUCCUCUACCAGGAGAUCCGCUUCCCGGCGCCGCUCUACAUCGGCGAGGAGGUGCUGGCCGAAGCAGAGGUCCGCAAGAUCAAGAUGGCGUUCGCCUUCAUUGCGGUGACGUGCUCCGUCAGGGACAAAGUGGUGAUGGAGGGGGAGGUGAUGGUGAUGAUGCCCGAUAAGCAGCAUAAGAAGGAGUGAUUUCAAGAUGGCGCCGCAGCAGACAACCGUGGUCACUCAAGAUAAUCUGUAUGUUUAUGAUGACGUUUGACUGAAACAGGUGCUGCUGGACGAAAAAAGGUCUAGCAGAGAGACUCUGAUGAUUUAUUUAAAUGUUUCAUUUAUUAGUUCUGCUUUGUAGUUUCUUUAAUGUGUUGAAUACAAUAAAAUAUCUUCUCAAUCUUAAAUUCAGCAGUUUUCAGGUCAAUGUUUUGAUAGUUUUGGGACGUUUGGCUCCAUAAACUAAGGAAAUUUGGAUGCUCUCAGACCCUGAUAUCCGAUGAAAGGGAAAAGUGAAAACUGUCAGUUUACAAUCUAUUA